GUGAUGCGGUGCCAGCGCAAGUGUAAAGAGGGGGGAGGGAGCUUGGACCCUUCUGGCAGCUGGUACUCGGACUCGCACCAGAGCCGGAUAAGUUGCCCUGAUGACUUUACCGCUGCCAACGUGACGCUGGUGGGGCCAGAUGAAGCCUUG